GCAGCGGCCGCCGCGCCGCCCAGCCCUUCCUGCCCGAGGUUUUUCUCAGGCAUCAGGAAUGUCUUCUGAGCCCACUUCAUCCGCCUCGCAGCAGUCACCUGCCUCUCCACCCCCACCCAGUUCUCUCCAUCUACCUGAAAACCGCAGGGCAAGAGAUCGCUCCCCAUCGCCCAUGAGAGGGUACCUCAUCCCCAGUCCGCUGCCCACCCGACGGACCAGGACGUUUUCAGCAACUGUGAGAGCAUCGGAGGGUCCCAUCUACAAAGGCGUCUGUAAAUGCUUCUGUCGCUCCAAAGGCCAUGGCUUCAUUACCCCUGCAGAUGGAGGGCCCGACAUCUUCGUACACAUCUCUGAUAUCGAAGGCGAGUAUGUUCCCGUGGCAGGCGACGAGGUCACCUACAAGAUGUGCACCAUCCCACCGAAAAACGAGAAGCUUCAGGCAGUGGAGGUUGUGAUUACCCAUCUAGCUCCUGGAACCAAGCAUGAGACCUGGUCGGGGCAUGUCAUCAGCUCCUGAGGUGUCCCGGAGGGAGUGCAGCCGCUGCCUGCAUGGUCACUGCUCAACAACUGGCUGCAGGGGACCUGUCCUAAGAAUAUUCUACAUAUUGUGCGGGAGGAAAUACUGCAUAGUCAAUAAAGCAGAAGUAGGCCAAAAUUACCAUUUUUAUGGCUGGCCUCAAAAAAAAAAAAAAGGCAAUUCAGAUGCUAAUGAAAAAAAUCUAUUGUAAUGUGUUUACAAAAACCAUAUUUUAAAGAGACCUAGUUUGUGUGCUUGGUGAAGGGGGGCAGGUUUGUUUUUUCUCUUAUCUUGUGAACUGAUUCCAGUAGAUGCCCAGGGGAAUCGGGGAGAGGUUUGAAGGAGAGCUCUUCUAGUGCAGACGGCCGUAGCAGAGGCACAACUCUGAGGCCCUGGAGGUGUGUGAGCACUGUGUUCCCUUUAGCUGCUCUUCUGUAGGGGUUGGAGUACGCUUAUUGCCGAUGACAGUGCCUGAAUGCCUUGGCCUGAGACAGAGAGAGAGGUGUUGGUUGCUGCCAUUUGUUUUCCUCAUGGAAGGAAGUUUGCAAACAGGACAGCUGCUGCAGGGUGGAAAAUCCCCGCCUGGUGGUUGUGCUCCGAUGGCCGCGGCUGGGUGCCCUUCAGGUGCACCGCUUGCAAACUGCUUGUCUGUGUGUGUGUGUGGAAUAUUGUGGUUUUAAAGCCUGGAUUGUUUGUGAAUUUACUUAGGUGCCUUGAUGGUUGAUUAGCAACAGAUUUCAUAGGCCAGUAUUAAAAAAGAAACAAAAAAAUCCAAACCAAACUUUAAAAAAUUUGCUUCAAGGUAAGUGGUAGAAAGCUGUAGAGUAGUGGAUACUUUAUAGCCUCUGACUGUGUCUGAAUUUAGACAAAGCUGAAGAUUACCUUCUUGAUUGCUUAUAGUUGAAUGUCUGCCAUGGUAUUUCACAGGGCAGGCAGAGUAUCUGUACUUCUGAAAAGCAAGUUAUAUGCUGUUCAGAUAAGCGUGUAUAAAAUACUGCGUGAGUUACUUAAUAGGCUCAGCUGUCUCAGUGAAGUAGAUUCUGCAGCUGUUUCCCUGGAAGACUUGCUUGGUAGGAUGUGGUAUGGUCACCCUUGCCCUGACUCUUCUCUGCCUGCAAGGUUUCAUGUAGUUGUAGUGCAACCAAGUAUCAGUUCUGUUCCUGUUUGCCUUCUACAUCUUUCUUUCAAAUGAAGCAUUUUCCUCUAUUAUGUUCCCAGCAGUGGAUUUUUAUUGACUUUGCAAAUAAAAAAAAAAAAAAAAAAUGGCAUGAUACUCUUCUGUUAGUUGUGUGAAACAGUAAAACUUCAGUUGCCUAUUUGCAGUUUUAACAUGAAAUGUCUUAAGACUCUUUCACAGCAGGUGAUCUGUUCCGAGAUCUGACCUGGGGAGAGCACAGAUGUACGGAGGUUAGUACUGCUGUGAUGGCUUGUUUUACCUCAGCUGUACCUGUAUUACAGUAUAGUGUACGACAGUGACCAGCCUGUAGCGGGGUUUUGGAUUUUUGUUUAGUUUUUUAUUAACCAUAAGACUUGGUAGUUGUGGUUUUAACACUAUCCAGCUUGUUGGAAUAUCACACACUGCUUUCUUUACAAUAAAUGCAACCAUUAUAAUGCUUUAACAUGU